AAAAAAUUUUCUUAACACAUUAAUUUUCUUUUUUUUCCAAACAUGUGUAAAAUACAAUGGCUUCUCAUGAGUCAGCCACUCUUAAAAUAAUGAGGCUGAUAGAGCCUAAUUUGGACACUAAUUGUGCUGAGCUUUUGGAUAUUAACGACUGCAUCGAGGCUAUAGACCCUAGUUAUAAAGUCCCAGAAAACUCUACCAGUCAUUUCCCAAUCCUCAGGAUUCCUUCCUACUCCAACGAGGUCCUGCUCGGCGAGACUUUACACAUGACCUUCAUUUUAGGAAACAACAGUAAUACAAAGUUAUCCUCCGUUUUUUUAAAGGUUGAGAUGGUUAUGGAGCACGAAGAAUUUGCUUCAACCUGUACUAUAUUUGAGAAUUUAGAGCUUGAACCCAAAUGCAAGCCAUUAGAAUCGCAUUAUUCAUACCUUUUUGAAAAACUUUCCCACUAUAGAAUGACUUGUUUGGUUGAGUACUAUACACCCAAAGGGCCUCACGUGCUUAAGAAGAUGUUCAUGUGGAAUUGUAUAGAUCCAGUUAAGCUUUCCCACUCUCUAAUUAAAUUGCCUGAUGGCGUGAAUCACGUGGAAACUAGAGUUAAUAACAAGUCAAAAACGAUUUUAGUUAUAAAGGAGAUAAAACUUGAGGAUAGGGGAUCAAAGGUCUUCUACCCUCCCCUGGUGGAGCUAAAUAAGGAUAACAUUUGCCUCCUCAGGCCUGACGAAACAGCCUCGAUUAUUUUCCCUAAUGUUGUGUUAAACUUUUCAAAGUCUGAAGCUCCCAAUGGUGAGACCAAUAAAGGCCUUUACCUGAACUUAAACUGGCAUUCUUAUACGAACACUUCUGGCACCAAUGUUUACGAGGUUCAUCUUCCACAAGACUCUGAUUUAUACUACAAAGUUGUGAACUUCCCCAAAAGCGUUAAGGUCAAUGAACUUUUCAAUACUAAUAUAUACUUGAAAAACCUAACUAACGAUCCCAUAUCAAUAUCAGUAAGUUUUACCAGCACAGAGGUUUUCUGUCUCCAGAAUGAAAAGACUCAGAGUAUAAACUUAAAUGACUCAGAAACUGUUUCUUUACCUCUGGUUCCACUCUCCACUGGACUUCACCGUCUUACUGGGAUUGAAAUACAUUGUAACGAAAAGGUGUACAAUGUAGAAAACUUGCAGAUUUUAAUUACAGAAUAAUUUUAAAAUGAUAUUAU